AUGCCUCCAAAUCCCUCAAAAACAACUCCUCCUGAAAUAUUAUCCUUAUGUAAAAAAUUCUUUUACAUAGGUUUUUUAUUCUUACCUUGGUUAUGGGUUGUUAAUGUAAUUUACAUGUGGCCUUUAACCAAACGUUCAGAUAUUGAUUUAUAUUUCUCAAUGGCAGGUGCUCUAUUUUGGUUUAUCGCGCUUUCAACUUGGUAUGGCAUUUUUGUAAACCAAAGAAUUGCUUGGGGGGAAUUUUCCGAUAAAAUUAUCGUAAUACCAUUAAGAGGAAAAUAA